AUGGGGAGAGGGGAGGACCGUGGGAAGAGUGUCGGUAACUUGGAUCGGGAUGAUAAAUUCAGCCGUCGAGAGAAAAUGGCCAAAAUGGAGGUCAAGACGUCACUUUUAGACAACAUGAUAGGGGUGGGAGAUAUGGUUCUUUUAGAGCCACUUGAUGAAGAUUCGUUCAUCAAUAAUUUGAAAAAGCGCUUUGAUCACAGUGAAGUAUAUACAUACAUUGGCAGUGUGGUGAUAUCAAUAAACCCCUACAGAUCUCUACCCAUUUAUACUCCAGAGAAAGUGGAAGAAUACAGAAACCGAAACUUUUAUGAACUCAGUCCUCAUAUCUUUGCUCUGUCAGAUGAAGCAUACAGAUCUUUAAGGGACCAGGACAAAGACCAGUGUAUCCUUAUUACAGGAGAGAGUGGAGCUGGAAAAACAGAGGCAAGCAAACUUGUCAUGUCAUAUGUAGCUGCUGUGUGUGGAAAAGGGGCAGAGGUUAAUCAAGUAAAAGAACAACUUUUGCAGUCAAAUCCAGUUCUUGAAG